CAUGUACUUGAAAAAUUGAUUUUUACGCAAAGUGAAAGAAAAAGUGAAAAGUUAAGUAAAAAUAGUGAAAUAAAUUCGAAAAAAUCAUAUAAUGCUAAUAUUUGAAGCAAUUUUAUAAAUAUGAAUACAACGGACUGUGAGAAAAUUGAAUGUAAGCUGGGAAAAGAGUUAAAUUUUCAAGGAAAUUUCGAUGCGAAUUUUGAUGAAUUAAAUAAAGAUGAGGGACAGGCGGAGAUGUCAAUUAACAAGGUUGACACGUUUAAAGCUAGUGAAAAACAAGCAAAAGACCUCGAAAAUUUUAAUGUUAGAGAAGAAUUCGCUUUGCAAACAUUUAACAGCUGCGAUGAAAAAAUCAAGGAAAAUGUAUUUGGCAGUCUCGCUAACAUCAAUACAACAAACACAUCCUCAGACGCCCCCGCAAAUUUCACACAUAUAGAGACGUUAAAAACCACACAACCCACAUGUAGUACAGCUUUAGUGUUUACACCAGCCGAGGAGCAAAAACUACCACCAUUAACAACACAGUUAGAUGCAAUGACAGAAAUAAAUGGCGAGGAUGAAGGCGAGGGAGAUUUCGAUGAUGGUUUACAACCUUUAAGUGAACGUUGGUCACCUUUGGGUGCAAAUUAUGAUGAUGCUGUGACCCCCUCAUCUGAACUUUUAAGUCCAGAGUCUGAGCUGGAACUGUUGAGUUCUGACAGUCAGGAUAAACAUGAUUUUCAUCAGCACAGCGAUGAGUCUGCUGAAAUGUUACGUUUGAAGGGUUUAGAAGAUGAGCAAGAAAUGCUUACCUCUUCCCUAAUGGCACUCACCUCCCAUUUUGCACAUGUCCAGCUAAGAGUACGUCAAAUUGUUGAGGCACCAGCCAACGAACGUGACCAGUUAUUAAAAGAUCUAGAAGAAUUUGCUUUUCAAGGCAUACCCGAGCCUCCUUCAGCCAAAACAACUGCCACCUUCCGAAGUGGUUCAUCUUCGGCUAAUAAUCACAAUGGUGAAGAUAACGCUAGCAAUGCGAUCAGAGAACAACAGCAGUUUGAGCUCAUAGACCAUUUAAAGAACCAACUAACAGAAUUGGAAAAAAUUGCUUAUGAAUCGGGUGCACCCGUACUGCCUCAACAUAUUCUGUUAGAGAAACAGAAAAUCAUUAUUGAUGAACUAAAACAUAAACUAAAUUUUAAAGUUGAUGAGCAUAAGUUGCCUGAAUUAACGGCUGAAGAAUUAAAAUCUCAAGUCGAUAACGCUAUUGGGGAAUUUGUGGGUCCUCUUAAGAUGAAGGAGCAAUUGGUAGCACAAUUGAAAACUCAAAUCACAGAUCUGGAACGUUUUAUUGCUUUUUUACAGUGCGACACCGAUGAGAGUAAAAUGAAAACUUUGAAUAGCAGUGAAAAGUUUUGUGAAGCAUACAAUAGUUAUGCUGCGAAAAAGAAAAAAGAAUCUAAUAAAUCAUUAGCAGAUGGCGCGAAAAUUAAAGAUAAUGCUAAUAUGGAUGGUUCAAGUGCAUCGAAUUCCGAAAUAGAGUUAAAUAAGAAUGCAAAUUCAGGUGAUACACUAAGGGUGAGAGAAAGUCUUCAUAGUAAAGCACAUGGUCUAAUGGAUAAGGCAUCAUUACUGAUGCAGAUGUUUGCCACCACUCAUUUUGGCUCGAAACAAGAGCAAUUUCAAAAGAAUACUUUAAAGAAAACUCAUAAAGGAAAUCACUGGGGUGACUUGCGAGCUCAACUAGAAGUGGAUAUACAAGAGGUUGCAUCAUUAGCGGCCACAUUAAGUUUCGAUCGAGAAAAACUUUCCAAACUACGCAAAGCUAUGAAAAAAUCAAAAACAUUUGCAGACACUGAAGAAGCUGCGUUGAAAAAUGGCAUUAUAACAACAAUCCCUCCAUCGUGCAGUCGAAAUCGUUCCAAAAUGUCACAAACGAAUCAACAAAAGCAACUUAAACCCUAUACUGUUUCUUCCGGUUCUGAUGAUGAGGAUUUCGAUGCAUACGAUUACUACGAUUGGCAACAGCAGAACAAUCGACGUAUGGUACAAUGCGCCCGGAUCCGAGGCGAUACCAUCAAUACUCUAAGCAAAGAGUUAACAACAGCUGUGCGGAAAAACUUUGCUAUGACUUUAUUGAAGCUGAUGCAACAUGGUCUAAGAGUUGAAUCAAUACCCCCUGUAACUUCAAGUCUUAUAGUUCCCUUUAUGCGCUGCCUUAAUCCGUCCCCAGUUUUUGUAGCCGAACACAGCUAUCGUGCACGCGACUUUGAUGCAUCUUCAUUUAUGUCUUCAACAGCCUCAUUUGGCUACGAGGAUACCGAGGGAAUAGAUGCCAGUAAUAAUUGGUCUACUGAUGGAGGUGGUGGAUUUUUUAGCACUGGCAGCACGCGACCUAUGCAUGCUUGGGAAUUGAUAUUGGAGUAUUAUUAUCUUAAACAUGGCGAUGAAUAUAAUAACACUCCGGCACGUAAACUAUCACAAAGUUUCAAUUUGGAUAUUGUCAAUUCGCAGGUGGUGACUUCAAAACAAAAUUUGCUUAGUGUAGUGGGAAGCAUUAUUGCUAUGCAUCGUCCCUAUAAACGGAGUUAUAAUGCCCAUUUCAAGGCAUUUGUUUGCGCUGGACUAAAUUGUCAUCAACUAGUGGAGUGGUUGAAUCUAAUAUUUAGUUGCACCGAUCUAAUUGAAAAUUACUAUACAAAUUCCAGUUAUGUUGCCUGCACUGGUUUUCGCGAUGCCCUACGUUCUAUUGAUACAUUGUCAAAAUAUGAUUUUGACUUACCCGUCGAUUUGGCCAUACGACAUUUUCGUAAUCUCUAAAGGAUUUUAAGGAUACACAUACUUAUAUACAAACACAUAACAAUUUAGACUAGACAUACACACAUCUGGAGUACACUUGGAAAAAUAUUAAAUGAUUUUGAAUUAUUUAUACUAAUUAGUUUAAAAUAUUAAUGUGGUCUACUUUAUACUGUCAAACACAAUUGAUACCAUGUGUGUAUGUCUGUAUUUAUUAAAAAAUAUAAAUAAAAAAUCUAGUCAUAUUUCAAAUUAUUUUUAUGUAAAUUUUAUCUUUCUAACUUAUAUGUAUUGUACACAUAACUAACCUUAUUGACAUUAAAUAAUUUUUCUAUCCAUUUAUGUAUUUAAUCGUAUGUAUAGUAGCUAAUUUAUGCUCCCUCCCUCCUUUUUCCCUUUAACAUUUAUAAAUAUAAUAUUAUACAUUAAAAUACAACAAAAAAUAUAAAAAUUAACUAAAAAUAAAAAAUAUAUAUCAUUAUUGAAAUGUUAACCAAUAAUAAAUAGAAUUUUU